CCUGACUGCUUUGUAGCCUUUUGAGCGUAAAAGGAAACUUGUCAUCCCGACUAUGAUCUGACUAAUCGCAGCAGAAGCGACUCCACCCGGUUUGUGUGUGUAAUCGAAUGUCGAAACACAGUUUAUGGAACAUCUUUUGAACAAUGACGUGAUAAAAGAGGUGAACAGCAAACGCAUUUUCAUGUGUAUCUUUGUGUUCAAAGAAAAGGAUUUUUGCACAGAGAAACAGCAUUGGGACAACCGCAAGUAGAUUUGUAUUGUCAUCAACGUGAAUACUCCCCAGAAUGACCAUGGAGGACGACAAUGAUGCCUCUUCCGUUGAGUCCUUCGCACUUCAUGUGGUACUGUUUCCCAUUCUGGAUGAGCUGGAGAAGAUAGACCUGUCAGCCGCGCAGACAUUGAGGGCGGCAUUUGAGAAGGCUGAGAAGCAGAACCCUGGCAUCAGUCAGGACAUCAUCAGUGGGGUGCUGGAGGCACGAUCUGCUGGGGUCAGUCUCAACACUGAGUGCUUGCUCAAACUUGCAGCUCUUGACAGCGAAGAGUACAUGUUACGCAGGAAGGAGGAUGUGUUUGAGAAACUCAAUGAGCAAGCUAAGGAGCUGAAGAAGAUCCUAGCUCGCCUGCCAGAUGAGAUUGGUGACCGACCCAAAUUCCUGCAGACAAUCAAAGACAUCGCAAGUGGAAUUAAAGACCUGCUGGAAGCUCUCAACAGACUCAUCAAGAAACACGGGGCAGGUCGCCUGAGAGAUCGUAAAAGCGUUCUUGAUGCGCACAAGAAGGAGUUUAUAAACUCAUCCAAGAACUUCAGUGACACACUGAAAGUCUACUUCAGGGACGGCCACAUAACCAAUGUGUACAAGAGUGCCAACAAACUGGUCAAUGACACAAACACCAUCUUGAAGAUGCUUAAGAGUGUUGGUAAUUAAUUCAGAAAAAACCUGGCCCAUUUUGAUAGAGUGUACAUUUUUCAUGCACUUUGCUUAGAAUUUAAAAUUAAGGCUUCUACAUGUAGUAGCCCUACUUUCCAUAAAUUUGGAGCCGACUUGUACCCCAACCUUUUUAUCGUGUAGAUUUAAAUAUAUAUACUUAUCACAUAGAUAGUUUUCCUUUCAUGCAAGUACAGUUGAAGACUGAACUCCAUUUAUGCCUUGCUAUUAUACAUAAUCCAUUGCAUACUGCAAUGAACUUAAAUUUACUGAAAAAAAAAUAAGGGGAUUUCAGUGGAUGUUGAUCAUAUGCGUAGAAACAUGGGAUAAUGUUUUGCUUUGCAACAUAUGUUGUAUAAAAAAAAAGCCUUUUUAAGGGAAUGGUAUUGAGUCUAUCUUUUAGUAUUUUUAGGAUGGAAACAGUUGCAUUUGGCAAUGUUAGAAUCAACAGGCAGAGUUUAAACGUCAAAAUUUGGUACAGAAAUUGUGCAAACCCCAUUCAAGCUGUAUCGGAGGCUCCAAAGGUGCUGAUUGAAUUUGUAUAUUUAGGACUGUAACACAAUACUUGUAAACUCUCUUAUGUGUGUGCUGCAGUUUUACUUGCAACUUGACAACAGGUAUAUAUUUGCUUCCCUGACUGUAAGGGAGAACAAAAAGAACUUCAUUGAAGGAUUUGGGGUUUUAACAUUGUGUCCUAUUUCAAGCUGUUAUCAUUUUUUUCUGUAUACAGUAGUUCCAUGGUACGUGUGAAACUGGUUUAUACUUCAUUCAAAGGAGAAAGAGAAGAAGCUUUCAGAUUUGUAAUCAAGUCAAAUCUCAAGCCAGGAUGAACAUUCAUUUGAAUAGCUUGUGACCUGAUACUUGGCAGACUUGUGAUUGGACAGUCAGUGUUGUAGUCAGAUGCCCCUGUCAUGUCUGUGCAUUUUGUACUAAAAUUGAUGGUGACAUUGAGGGAAUCAGACCUUAUCAUCAAGGCUAAGGCUGCAUCUGAAUCACUUGGCUAUGGCUUGCAAUUACACAUGCGCCUAUGGAAGUGGCUGCAGCCUCAUCCCAUAGACUGCCAGCCAUAGCCAUGGCACAUCCCAUAGACUACUAGCCAUAGCCAUGGCACAUCCCAUAGACUGCUAGCCAUAGCCAAGUCAUUUUGAUGCAGCCUUGUAUUCAGGCCCAGAUUAUCAAAUAGGCACAGUAGGCAUGGGCCUAGGGCCUACACAAUUUUUUGGGGCCUACGGAAAAUUCCAGGGCCUACGAAAAUACUGCAGUGUGCCAUAAAACACAUAAAUAGGCCUACCCACACCCACCCAACGCAGAAAAAAAAGGUUUGUAAACAUUUUUAGGGUCUCUCUCAGAAUCUUUGAUUUCACCAACUGACGCUGUACAAGUGCAUACAAGUCAUUGAUUUGUACAGUGCUUUGUUACUUUGAAUUUUGUGCCGAUGCCUAGGGCGGAGUAGGGCCUACGGAAUAAUGGUGCCUAGGGCCUACAAAACACUUAAUCCAGGCCUGCUUGUAUUGGCUGAGUGCUGUGAAUUCAGGAGGAAGAAGAGGUUUUUUUUGGAAACACAGACUGACAACGGUAUGCAAGAAAUAUUCUGCAUUUUGCAAGGACUAAAACUGGAGUCCAAUUCCUUAAGUACGGUACACAUACUUGGGAAAUUUUCAGCAUUUUUUUUGGUCAAAGUACUCAGAUGCCUAUCCAUGAUCAAAUUGAACUUCUCAGACUUAAUUCAUACAUUAAUACUGUGCAGAUUGAUAUCGCAGUAAAUUUGUCAGACGCAGGGAAAAAAAGUGACUACCCAACAUUGAUCAUGAUGUUGGGCAUGGUGGUUUCAUGGUGACAUCUGAAACAAAUUUGCUUUUUUUUUCAAACUUGCAUGCAUUAUAAACCAGGCUUCAGACAUAAUUGGAAUUUGUCAUGUUAGAGUUUUGUUCUUUUGAUGAACAAUUUUAAUGGCUUAUUUUUGUCGGGAGAAAAUGUUAACCUAUUUUUGUAAGGUGAAUACAGGUACAGGUGUGUUUUAUAUUUAAGAAAGAAACAAAUCUUAAAUGAAUUGUGGUCACUUAUUGAGCCUAAAAUUAAACUUGUGUAAAUAUGAUAUGGUGGCAAAUUAAAACUGAUAUUUUGAUGUUUUAUAAAUUGGAUAUUUCAUUCUUGUAGUAGGCUACUGGAAGUGUGUAAAGCACUGUGAACAGUUGAACAUUCAUCAUUAGUUUACUUUUACAUGAACCCUUUUGCUUAGAGUCUACAUAAAUAUUCCUAAAUAUCGCCAUGUUUAAAUAAAAAUUUAAACAUGGCGAUGGGCCUCUAACUCUGUGGCAUCCAUCAAGUUUGAUUUAUCAAGAGGUGAACAUACAGCGCUGGUUUUUAGAACAUCAUAAUUUUUAACGAAUCAAAUUGAAGUGUUUGACUGAACAACAAUGUGUUGCACAUGAAUGUGACCUCAACAAGCCUUCAUCUUUUCACGAGUUGAUGUAAGAUUUUACCCGCCAUCUUUGGAUUCAACUUUCCAGUAGCGUUUUAUUAUCUUACUAGGACGACAUAUUCAGUUGAUGAAGUAGAGUUAUAUGUGUACAUAUUCAGGAAAUAUAUCAUUCAAGUAAAGUUUAUUUAAUGUAAAUGUAUAGUCCAGGAUUGUAUGCCACUUAGUCAGACUUCUCACUUUUCAUAUUUUAUCCAUUGUGUUUUAAUUUUUGGAGUGUUGAGUUGGUAAAACCAUUUUUUUUUAAAUCGGUUAAAAUACUUGGAACCGGUAACCUUAGCUCUUAAGAAUGCUUCAAAAUGAGAAUGAAAUCAGAAGACUUGCGUGCAUUCUGUAAUCAUCACCCCUCGGACUCUCUGUGUAGUCCCCUCCUAGACUGAUGAGUAGUGUAAACUGAUACACCAGUCUAUAUGUUUUGGGAUGAUCCACUGUAUUCUCCAACUUGUCCUGGUUGUAGGAAAAGCUUACAAAAAUGGAUGUAUCUGUCUUCUAGUGUUGUAAAUAUAUGAUCACAAUAAAAAUUUGUACCUUUGAUGUAAAUAAGUUUU